CCUACUCCUACUGGUGUACAAAUCCAUCCGAACUUCAAUAAUAGGAAGUGUAUGGACGUCGCGGGUAACAGACGGCGGAAUGGAACUCCGGUUCAGAUAUUCGACUGCAACGGCAGUUCAGCUCAACGAUGGAAUAUCUUCAGAGGCACGACGAGGGUUCAGCUGACAGGCACGAACUUCUGCUUGGAUGCCGGCUUGCCGAGUCAAUUCCACAAUGGCGAGAGGUUGAAGAUCUGGCAUUGCAUUGAUUCUAUCCCAGCUCAAAUAUGGGACUUCACGAACCAGAAUCAGAUCAGGCUCAAAGCGACAGAGUCUAGAAGGCACCCUCAAUGCGUUGAUCUCCCCGAUGGACAGACCUUCAACGGAAAUCAACUGCAAAUCUUCCGAUGCUUCAAUGGAAAUCCCAACCAGAUCUGGACCACUACGCCUUAA